UUAACUGAAUUAUAACGCACAAAUAGGAUAGCAACGCCGCGCCGCGGUAUAUACAAGUUUAGCUGUUACGUACAAAGUCAGUCUCCGCGAUUUAGUGCUUGUGGUAAGUUUUGUGAAGAAAAGGUUUGUGAAACAGGAAUUGUAAAGUAAGGUUUGUGUAUGAAUCAUUUGGUAAAUCCACCGUUCCGGUUCCGCAGUUUUGUUUGAAUAGUGUUUAUAAAGGUUCGUCGUAAAAGCAGGUUCCAGACAGCAGGUUUUUCGUAAGGUAGACUAUUACUUGCGAAUACAGUACUGGCCGCCCCAGAGAGCCCUGCGAAUCUGUAAAGCCUGCCUUGAACAAAUAUUCAGUUUUAUUGUGGCUAUGUGAGGGCUUUGUCCUUUUGUUCGCUGUGUUUGUGCGACAGUAGAGUAAUCCAAACCAUGGACAAUGUUCGUAGGAAACAAAAGGUAUUUGGAAGGUAGCGAAAACAAAGCAAGCGAGAGUUAGAAGUGUUGUGUAUAGAUGUGUUCUCUUUUUGACAAGUUUCUAUAGAUCGCUAAUAACUUGGAUCAUUAUGAAAAACAGUUCGCUAAGUGAGUUGCGAAAUUGCAAAAAACACCGCGGGCAGUUUUAGAUUGUCGUCGUUGUAAGUCGAUUGGAAUUGGGUCAUUUCCUAUGCACAUUGCAACCGCGGGGAGCGAUUUAUAAGGACCAACAAGGCUAUAGCGCAGUGGGAGGUAUAUUUACGAAUGACCGUUUUUUUUUUGUUAAAUUUGUUUUCUUCAGUAAUUUAACAGGAGCGAGAAUUUAGAAACCGCCAGGGGCUCUAGGUCGACAUCGUACCAUCGUUAUAGCUGUUGUAUUCAUAACUUUACAUUUUAGCUCUUACGCAUUUGAUUUUCAAGCAAGCAUAGACACCGAGCAAGCAUAGACACAUAGAAAUAGGUUAUUUAUUAAAAAAUACAGUUGUUGUUCUUUUUAACCUAAUACGUUUUACUGUUUUUUUGAUAUGAUCUCCAACACAUUUUAUUUUAGAGCAAGCACAGACAUCGAGCUAGCAUAGACGCAUAAAUAUAGGACAUAGGUUGUAUAAUAAAAUAUACAGUUGAUGUUCUAUUUAAAUGGCAGCUCUAACUAUGAGUGGUCAGAUGCAUGCUGAUAUUCCGUCAAUGAACUCUGGAAAUCAUGGAAGAAAUGGUGAACGCCGUAUCAGUACUGUAUCCGAAUCAGUGCAUCGACAAAGAGAGCAAAGACGACAAAAUGCAGGAGUUGUAACUUACGAGAAACUAGCCCGUGCUUGCUGCACGUGUGGUGUGCUGGGCUGCGCGGCGGGGGCAGGACUUGUCAUUAUGUUUCUUAUUGGUAGUUAUACAAACGCGUUGGGGAAUAUUACAAAUUUGGAGUUGAUUUCAAUUCCAGGAUUCACUUUACUCGUUUUAGGCAUGAUUGGAGCAAUUGCUGGAAUAUUCUUUUGCUGGAUUACGCCUCGAAUCACAACAUCCAGACCGCGUUGUACCAGACAGGACGAGAGAUCUGCAGGUUUUGGUCUUGAUUCCGACGGCGGAUAUUAUAACCACGGAAUGGUACUGGAUGCACCGCCGUGUUACAGCGACAUAUCGCGGACGGCAAGUUCGCGGUCUUGGUGGACACGGGAGUUGGCGGAAUCAUUCCGAAGAACUGGAACGUUAAGAGCAAGUCAAAGACCACCCACAUAUUUAGAUGCUACCAAACAAAAGACAGACCCGACAGAGGACGACGAGCCAUGUCCACCUUCAUAUGAAGAAACUGUCAUUUCUUCAGUGGCUUGAAAUGAAUUAGCAGGGUGGGGUAAAAUGGGACAUGUUUUAACUGUAUCGCAUCCCAUUUGGUAGUAACAAAGAUGUUUUACAUAAUUAUAUAGCUGUAGCCCCGCAAGGAAACUAGGUGCUAACGGUAUCCCAUCCUUUCCAAAUAUUAUAUUUUGCAAUGUACAAGCACUGUUCCAUAAACGUUAUGCGUAGAAGUAUUUUGCUUUGGCGAUUGAGUUAUACCACACAUUUCCUUGUACUGGUCUGUUUUAGUAAAACCUUCCCUUUUUAUUUAUGCAAUAGUUCUUUAUGCACCGAAGAAGCUUUAUUUCUCGUACAUUUUAUCUUCCCAAGACCAACUUUAUCUUAUCUUCGUUGUUUUUAUGCAAUAUAUUGCGAUUAUUCAUCAGAAA